UCCGCCUCUAAGGAGAGCAUCUGAUACCAUCUCUUGCACGACAUGCUCUUGAGUCGGUCCCGAAGAUUCUCUCGACCGAACGCGUCUCUAUAAAACAGCAGCAUGUAACGAUUGUGUCCGUCAGUCGUGUCCGCUACCUCGAGCGGGUGAAGGCGUUUGUGAUUUUGGUGAUUUUGCUCUGUAUCGAACAGUUGGCUAGAAUGAUGCAGCGACCGUAACAGGGUGAAAUCCGUUUUUUUAUUUGGUUCGCACAGCUACAAAGUGUGUCUGUGUAAGCCGAAUGUCCUACGCUAAAGGAAAUGUAUUGUUGAAAACCUUUCAUUUGUGCGGGUGAAUACGGAACCCAUCUUUCUAUAGAUUUUCUCGGAACGUGCGCUGAAAGAUCUGCAACGGUGGAACCAUGUACGGAAUGCUACUAGAGAGUGUUCAACAUUUUGUACAGUUAGAGUAUGGAGAAUUCGUUUGGCGUCAGGCCCUACUCACAACGGGAUGCAAAAAUACAGUAUUCAACACACACCAGCUUUACCCGGAUAAUUUGAUACCUGACCUUGCAGCAGCACUUUCGGCUAUAACAGGAAAACCGUUCGAUGAGUUUAUGAUAUUUUUCGGACGUUGUUUCGUUCGAUUCUUUAGUAAUUUCGGUUACGAUGAGUUGAUCAAGGCAACAGGUCGCUAUUUCUGCGAUUUUCUACAUUCAGUGGAUAACAUUCACCUGCAGAUGCGCUUCACUUAUCGCAAGAUGAAAAGCCCAUCUAUGCAGCUGACGGAAGUAGAUGAAAAUGGUGCCGUACUGGUGUACAGAAGCACACGGACCGGAUUCUCGAAGUAUCUUCGUGGGCAGCUUUUGGAAAUAGCCAAGCAGUUGUACGGGAUGGACGUCAGCAUCAAGGUACUGGAAAGCCAGAACGAUACUCCUGGUGGUACAUCGGGACCAAUUGCACCACAAGGCGGCUUGAAGACGGUUAUCGUGAAGUAUCGGUUGGAUUUUGACAAUCGUGAAUAUAUGCAGCGGCGUGUUCAUAUCAAAGCACAUCCAUCACAGCUACAGUUGACACCGGUGAACAGUAAACUGUUGCUGAAUUUAUUCCCAUUCGCUCUAAUCCUGAACGAAGAAAUGAAAAUUACUGCCGUGGGCGAGAAACUCAUCGAGUCAUGGAUGCUGAACAAUGUGAAUCGAUCACCUACGGAACUGCUCGGGGCAAAAGUAACUGAUCAUUUCAAACUUCGUCGUCCGAGCGGUAUAACGUUCACCUGGGAAAAUAUUAAACGGCUGCAAACUGUUUUAUUUGAGAUACAGCUCCUAAAAGGCUCUUCUGCAAAAGGCACAAAAGACGAGUCGAAAAUAGUCGAUACUAAAACAUCAUUAUCGCAGGUGGAUACGAGCUCCUCGACAGAAGAUGCGGCAAAGAUAAUGACCUCCAUUCCACGGCGGGGCUCUCAAGGGCUUCGCAGCAUUUUGUUGAAAGGUGAAAUGCGUUACAUCAAAGACAUAAAUUCCCUUGUAUUUCUAUGCAGUCCCCUCAUCAACAACUUGGAAGAGUUACGUGAAAUGGGACUGUACCUAAACGAUCUCAACCCUCACGGGCUUAGCCGCGAGAUGGUGUUUUCUGGAUUUUCACACUAUUCCCGGCUCGAUUUGAUGUGUGAACGCGAGGAACAACGGGCUGAGGAACUAGAAACAUCGCUUGCCCUCGCUGACUCCUGGAAACGGCAAGGUGAUGAGCUGCUGUACUCAAUGAUUCCUCGCUCGAUAGCGGAACGGUUGCGUGAGGGUCAGAAUCCUCACGAGACCUGUCAGAGCUUCGAGGAGGUGACAGUACUGUUCGCCGAGGUACAGGAAACGAUCACUGGUGAUGAUUCGAUCAAGUACGCCAUGACCACGGUAAACACAUUGAACGCUGCUUUCAGUGCGUUUGAUGAGUUGAUCCAUUCACCGAUGGCCUAUAAAGUGGAGACCGUUGGAAAGGUGUACAUGGCGGUGAGUGGAGCUCCGGACAUAAAUCCAUUUCAUGCGCAGCACAUGGCUGAUCUGGCAUUAGAUAUGCUACACAGUAUACGGCAGCUUAAUCUACCUGGAGUAGGAGUCAAAAUAGGCUUUCACUCUGGGCCAAUAGUGGCCGGAAUCGUGGGAUUGAAGGUACCGAGGUAUUGUCUUUUCGGUGACACGGUAAAUACGGCUUCGCGGAUGGAAAGUAGUGGAGAGACGGAUUGCAUCCAGGUAUCUGGAUACACUGCACAAAAGCUCAAAAAGCUUGGAUAUGUACUGGCGUAUCGUGGAAAGGUAGCCGUCAAGGGUAAAGGAGACAUGGAGACGUUCUGGCUACAAGGACCGCCGCAAAAAAAGAAAGGAAGCACAGUUUUGGUGAUUAUUUCUUUGGUCUCUAUUCCAAGGAGGAAGAUGAAGCUGUUCACGGUAGUGUUAUGGGUGGAGCUGUGCGUGUUGUAUGUGGUGUUUGCUCGAGAAGAUGAGGAACACAACCGGAUCAAUUACGACAUCUACGUGACGCCAAUCAUGGUGAGCACUAUCGCUGACAACCGGUUUCGUGCAAAAAACCCACUUAUAGCGUGGCUUUCGACUGUGCUGAGCUACAAACCUCCGAGCUUCGGCGUGGAGACACCGAUCAGUUCAACAAUGAAGCCUCCACCACGUGACUGCUCACAGUGUUCUUGUGGUCGAGGUAAGACAAGCUCAAGAAUUGUUGGCGGGGACGCGGCCGAUGUGAAAGAAUAUCCUUGGAUAGUGAUGCUGCUGUAUCGGGGUGCUUUCUACUGCGGCGGUUCGUUGAUCAAUGAUCGGUACAUAGUGACAGCGGCACAUUGUGUGCUAAGCUUCACGCCCCAGCAGCUGUUGGCGAAGUUGUACGAUGUAGAGCACGGGGAAAUGGUUACUCGCGCGAUCGUUAAACUGUACGGUCACGAGCGAUUUAGCCUGGAUACGUUCAACAAUGACAUCGCGUUGGUCAAACUGCAGCAGCCGGUAGAGGCAGGCGGUAGCUUUAUUCCAAUAUGUCUUCCCGUUGCUGGCAGAAGCUUUGCGGGUCAAAAUGGAACUGUUAUCGGUUGGGGAAAGCUAGCGAAUGGGAGUUUGUCGCAAGGAUUGCAGAAAGCGAUAGUGCCAAUAAUUUCCAACAUGCAGUGUCGAAAGUCAAGUUACCGUGCUUCACGCAUCACGGACAACAUGCUCUGCGCAGGAUAUACUGAAGGAGGUAGAGAUGCCUGUCAGGGUGAUAGUGGAGGUCCGUUAAAUGUUGGCGAUAGUAAUUUCCGCGAGCUCGUCGGCAUAGUGUCAUGGGGAGAGGGAUGCGCCCGGCCCAACUAUCCCGGAGUCUACACACGAGUGACGCGUUACUUGAACUGGAUUAAGUCCAACACCAGAGAUGCGUGCGUCUGUGAGCAUUCCAUAGCUGUAUUUGCGUACAGGGCAGCCCCUCGUAAUUGUGCACCUUGCUCAUGUGGGACAAAUGCAAAUAAUUCAAAAAUUGUCGGUGGUCACGAAGCUGAGAUCGGGCGUUACCCGUGGAUGGUGGCACUGUACUACAACAACCGGUUUAUUUGCGGAGGAUCCUUGAUCAACGAUCGGUACGUCCUGACGGCAGCGCACUGUGUGUUUGGUAGCGAUCGGUCGCGUUUUAGCGUGAAAUUUUUGAUGCACGACCGCACAGUUCCCAAGGAGGAUUCAUUCGAGCGUAAGGUGUCCUACAUAAUGACGAACUGGUUCUUGAACGUGCUCGUCUUCAUUACGAACGACGUAGCUCUUUUGAAACUGAGCGAACCAGUACCACUGGGCGAAACAAUUAUCCCAGUGUGCUUACCACCGGAAGGCAACACAUACGCUGGACAGGAGGGAAUCGUGACCGGCUGGGGUAAGUUGGGUGAUGGUACGUUUCCCAUGAAACUGCAGGAAGUACACGUGCCGAUACUGUCGAACGAGCAGUGUCACAACCAGACGCAGUACUUCCGGUUCCAGAUCAACGAUCGUAUGAUGUGUGCUGGGAUUCCCGAGGGUGGUAAGGACUCCUGCCAAGGUGACAGUGGAGGACCGAUGCACGUGUUCGAUACCGAAGCAAAUCGGUUCGUGAUUGCGGGCGUCGUAUCGUGGGGCUUCGGCUGUGCCCAACCACGGUUUCCGGGCAUAUACGCCCGAGUGAACCGAUUCAUUUCGUGGAUUAACUUCAAUACUCGAGAUGCGUGUACGUGCAAAAGUGUGUGUGUGUGUGUGCUUCGGUGCUGUGUCGUGGCCAUUUCUAACCUAACCAUGAUAAUGAAUCGUUCCUCAUCCGUUCACUUGAUGGCAAUCUGGGUUCUGAUGCUGACAACGCUAGCUGUCCCAUUGCUAGCAGCUCCCGUUUACAACUCCAGCGAAUCCUGUGAUUGUGUUUGUGGAGUUGGAGGACGCACCAAUCGCAUUGUCGGAGGCUCCGAAGCCGCUGCACAUCAAUUCCCCUGGUUGGCUGGCCUUUUCCGCCAGGGCAAACUAUACUGCGGAGCAUCGGUCGUUUCGCGCAAUUUUCUGGUCACGGCAGCACACUGUGUAAACUCGUUCGAAGCGAGUGAGAUUAGGGUUUAUCUCGGAGGGCAUAAUAUUGCCAAGGAUUACACCGAGCUUCGGAGAGUGAAACGAAUCAUCGACCACGAGGAUUUUGAUAUCUUCACGUUCAACAACGAUAUUGCUCUCCUGGAGCUAGAUAAACCAUUGCGCUAUGGACCCACCAUUCAGCCAGCUUGCCUCCCGGACGGAAGUGUAAUGGACUUUACUGGAACGAUCGGUGUGGUUGCUGGAUGGGGAAGGGUGGAGGAGAAGCGUGCUCCAUCCAAGACGCUGCGAUCCGUUGAAGUUCCCAUCUGGUCACAGGAGCAGUGCCUUGACGCUGGGUAUGGCAGUAAGAAGAUCUCUGCCAACAUGAUGUGCGCCGGGUACCACGAUGGGCAGAAAGAUGCUUGCCAGGGUGAUAGUGGUGGUCCGAUGCAUAAGAUGGGACUGUUUGGCAGCAUGGAAGUGAUUGGAGUCGUUUCGUGGGGUCGGGGAUGCGCCCGCCCAAAUUUGCCCGGUAUCUACACGCGCAUCGUCAAUUACUUGCCUUGGAUUCACGAGAAGCUUGCCAACGAAUGUCUCUGCCCGCCUAAGGAUGUUGCUCGAAGGAUUUGAUGUGACUGUGAAGUUACACGACCUAGAGACGCAGAAGUGUGCUGUUGAUAAUUUAUUCGUUUUCUAGUCACAACAUACCAUAGGAUGUAGAGGCUGACGAUUCGGCUGUAACUAUUAGCAUGUAAGAUAUGGCUACAUUCGCGUAUUGUUAUGAAACGUUUAUUAUGCGGCAGAAAGUAAAUAAAACCAGAAACACAUACGACAUUA